CUGCCUGCUUGCGGCUGUAAAGGGAUUGCAGGCACCACAGCCACUACUACUUCUGCUUUUCCCUGCCUGGCCAGGAACAUAAAACCAGAAACUCCAUCAGCAGGUUGGAGGGGCUGCCUCAUUGCCUGGCAAACCUGGGAUAAUUUAUUUCUCUCUUCAGUCACUUCUUUUCCCUGCUGUUAUUGAGGCUCUUUUUCCUACUUCAAAGUGAAUGAAACCAGGCUAAACUCUGAAAGGGAAUGAAUGAAAUACAUACUGCUUGAGAAGAAGAAUCGCAUGAUUCUUGUGUAACAUCUGUACAGCCUGAAACAAUGGUUUUGUCUGUCCCAGGUAUAGCUCUGGGUGCCACCUUGGGGACUGCAACUAGCAUCCUUGCCCUCUGCGGUCUGACCUGCUUGUGCAAAUGCAGGCGACCUAGGAAAGGACUCUCGGGAAAGGACCAAGACAUGGACACUGAAAACGCUAAGCCCAGUAUGCUUCACCCAGUCCAGCAGUUCAGCGUUAAGAAGACUACUGAACCCAUCCAGCCUCGGCCCCUCCUGAAGUUUCCCAACAUCUAUGGCCCAAAGCCAGUCGUGACUGCCCCAGAAAUUGUUAACUAUGUGGAUUAUGCCUUGAAGACAACUGAAGAGCCAACUAGAGGAAAAGAUGAAGUUCAGGAUCAGAACGGAAUGAAGAUACAAGUCAAUGAGGAGUUAUUUGUUCUCCCUCAAAAUGUUCCAGGUGCAGUAAAGGAUGUGUGUGUCACUGAGCACCUGAACCCUGAGAAAGCAGCCAGCUGUAACCAGGUCCCUGAACUCCGCUAUUCCCUUGGGUAUGAUCGACAGAAAGCUGAGCUGUGUGUGGCCUUUCUUGAAGCUAUGCAUGGAAGCAUGAUAGGGGACCAGGAUGCUGGCUGUGACUGCUACAUCCUGGGCACUUUGAUGAGCAAAUCUGGCACCACAGAGGCCCAGACAGUGCUGAAGAAGAAAGUGCACCACAUCAUCUGGGAGGAAGCUCUGCUGUUCCCGUUAGCUGAGGAGGAGGUGCUAGAAGGGAUGCUGACUCUCACCUUGAGGAACUGCGACAGGUUCUCUAGACACAGCAUUGUUGGGGAAAUUAAACUGAGCCUGGCUAAUGUGGGGGAACCCUUCAGAAUGGCCCAGUGGGAGAAACUGAAGACCCCUGAGAAGGAGCCAGAUGCAGGCUAUGGGGAGAUACUCCUCUCCAUCAGCUAUCUGCCAGCAGCAAACCGCCUGCUUGUGGUGCUUAUAAAAGCCAAGAACCUCCAUUCCAAACAGCUGAAAGAUCUCCUGGGAAAAGAUGUAUCUGUCAAGGUGACCCUGAAGCACCAGUCUCUGAAACUGAAGAAGAAGCAGACAAAGCGUGCAAAACACAAGAUCAACCCAGUCUGGAAUGAGAUGAUCAUGUUUGAAGUGCCCCAUGAGCUGCUACGCGCCUCCAGCGUGGAGCUAGAAAUGCUAAGCCAAGAUGGCCUGGGGCAGAGCCAAUCACUGGGCAAGUGCAGCCUGGGUCUGCAUGCCACAGGCACAGAGAGGAACCACUGGGAGGAGAUGCUGAGGAACCCGAGGAGGCAGAUAGCCAUGUGGCACCAACUUCAUAUGUAGCCAUGCGAUCUCUGUCAUGACCAGCCAACUGCCUUUCAUACUGGGAGGUCUCUGAGUCAGGAGGAGUAAGCCAAGUUAUAUUUCAUCUUGCAGGAAUGUGAACCACACCCAUCCACAAAAUGACCAAUCACAGCAUUCUGUUAUGGACACUGCCUUUUUCGGGUUUCCUGCCACAAGGACUCUCUCAAGCUAGACCAGGCAAAGUCCUGGAGCCUACAUUGUAGGGAAGAGUCAGUCCUGAAUGCUCUCCUAGGGAUGGAAUGCAUGUCCCCAACAGACCUCUAACUUCUACAAGGACAAGAUUCUGACACUGAAAAGCCGCUGGUGAAAAUAAAUGGGGACUCUCAGAUAGGCUUUUGUAUGUGUUAUAUUUAAAGGUGAGCUGAAAAGGGAAAAAAUGGGUUUGCGCUAUUAUUUACUGCUUUAUGAUGGAGAAAGAAGGCCUGAUUUUUAUUUAUUUAGUUAGUUUUCUGCUUAUUUUUUAUUUUAUAUGUUCAGGUCUUAUCUACCCUGCUUUCCCUUGAAGACUCUAUAGAUGACUGGUGAGCUAGCAGGUAUACAGCAUACUUAAUCAGGUUUCCCUUCUAUGGUAAGAGGGGAAGUGAGUUUUAUUCACAGUGUUCAAACCACUUUGUCUUUUUAUUAAGAUUUUUAAAAUCAAACAGUUGACAAACCAUUUAGAAGAAAAAUUCUCUUUGUUAAAGGUUUAACACCUCUAGCCCUUCAAUUAAUGGCAGAGAGAGAUCUCCCUGUCUGUCUGUGUCUACCUCUGCUACAGAGACCGCCAGCAAAACCGGGAAGCGCAGAUUAACAUUUCUAAGGUUAAUACAUACAAGAAGAAUUUUUCUAUGAAUACAAAAUGAAAAAAGGGCAUAACCCCCCUUUGUUUGUUUUUGCCACCAUAAGUCUCUUUUCAGAAACACUGGAUUUCUGAGUUCCUCUUGGGAACGUAGAGUUCAGGCUCAAAACUCAGGCCUUCUCCCAUCUCAGAAUGUGGUAGCCAAGCUUCUCUAGUGGAAGCAACUGGGCUCUCUGCAUGGUUCGACCUCACCAACUUAGAGAUGCUAACACACACGCUAUCAUUUCCACCUGGUAUAUACUUAAAAUCUGUCCCUAUACUGUGAAAAAAACAAGUAAUGAAAAUAGAUGGGCCAAAAGGUUAUAACUCAGUCCCAGGUUUCUAACCCGUCAACAAACCUUCCUCACCAAAGCCCCCAUUGGGGUGGUGGUCUCGGCAAUAGUUGUCUUUUGCAGUCAAUGUUUUCCAUAUUGCUUUAGGUGGCCGUAUGGAACAAAGAGCAAAAAUAAACUGGUUCCUGAGAUAUGAAAAAGAGAGAAGCUAUGUGAAGGGAAAAAGAGGCAGAAACGUAAAAAGACAGUAGAAGAACACAGAGAAAAACAGAGAAAGAUGGAGAGAGAGAGUAGAUCAUAUAAAAAGAGCGAGAGAGGCAAAGAAGCAGAGGUAUUCUCCUGAUAGUGUACUGUACAUACCCAGCCUUUGAAGUGAGCACUGCCAAAACCUGUGUCUGGAUUCCUUCCUGUUCCUUCGUUGCUGGAGUCUUUGAUAUCUUGGAUUCAGGGUGCUAAAAGCCAUUGAAAACAUGAAAGCUUCAAGGUCUCUUAUCCCAAAUCUAUAUGUGUAAGUAGUGUAUCCCUCUUUCUCCCAGUGUUCUUGGGGGAGCUCUCCUCUCUGUCUCUCACAUGCAGGUCAUGGACAUAAGAAUGGCCAUACUGGGUCAGACCAAAGGUCCAUCUAGCUCAGUAUCUUGUCUUCCAACAGUGGCCAAUGCCAGGGGCCCCAGAGGGAAUGAACAGAACAGGAGAUCCAUCCCACAAUUCAGAAAAAUCACUGACUGUGUUCUAUCCUGUUAUUGCCAAUGAAUUGCCACAAAUCCUUCUACUUACUGCCAUCCUUUCUGCUUAGAAAUAGACUCAUUUCUGAAGUGAGCAGGUGUUGGAUAUUCUGAUUAUGUUCCAGGAAGCAGAUGAGACUGAGUAAAUUACAUAGGAUUGUUUCACCAACAGUUUGGGUUUGAUACGGAGGUGCCAUAUUGAAACCCAAUCUUAGUUACCAGCACUGCUUAGAAGAGCAGCCCAGAAGGCUGCCAGGUACUACAUCAUCUCCGGACUGAAUGACUUUCUCUUCACUGGCCCACUAACUCGCCAUCACCUUUCUCUUGUGCUUUUGAGAUUUGGCAUGGCUUAAGUGUAAUCAUUUACACUCCUUUCCAUGUCUGAUGAUACCCCUUCUGUAUCCCAAAAGAGAUAUUGCUUUGUCCCUAUGAGCUCUCUGCUUGUCCUGCCACUCCAUUGCAAACAGCGGGCUCACCUUUAAGAGACAUGCCUGGGGACAAGGCAUUCAAGGGGCUAAAGAUAUAAUCAUACUGUCCAUAGCUCUGGAAUACUUAAGCAAUUACCCAAUCUCCACCACAUUUGGUCACUUUAAACCAGUAUUAUUCAGUUUGUUCCCUGGCUUACAGAAGAUUGCUGCUUAAUUAAUAAGCAAGAGCCAAAAUUCUGAACAAGAUGGAAGAAAAGCCCGCACAAGACUCACGGAGAUGCUAAAACCAU